AUGUUCGUCCCGGGCCCCGUGAACAUCCCGGGCCCCGUGAACCGCGCCAUGAACCGGCAGAACGAGGACUACCGCUCGCCGGCGGUGCCGGCGCUGACCAAGGUCCUGCUGGAGGACGUGAAGAAGAUCUUCAAGACCACGACGGGCACGCCCUUCAUGAUCCCGACGACGGGGACGGGCGUGUGGGAGAGCGCGCUGACCAACACGCUGUCCCCGGGCGACAGGGUCGUGUCCUUCCUCAUCGGGCAGUUCAGCCUGCUGUGGAUCGACCAGCAGCGGCGCCUGGGCUUCGACGUGGACGCGGUGGAGAGCGAGUGGGGCCAGGGCGCCGACCUGGCCGCGCUGGAGCGCAGGCUCCGCGACGACGCGCCGCGGCACGCCAUCAAGGCCGUGGCCAUCGUGCACAACGAGACGGCCACGGGCGUCACCAACGACCUGGCCGCAGUGCGCGCGCUGCUGGACAAGCACGCGCACCCGGCGCUGCUGCUGGUGGACGGCGUGUCGUCCAUCUGCGCGCUGGACUUCCGCAUGGACGAGUGGGGCGUGGACGUGGCGCUCACGGGCUCGCAGAAGGCGCUGUCGAUGCCGACGGGGAUGGGCAUCGUGUGCGCCAGCCCCAGGGCGCUGGAGGCCAGCAAGACGGCCAGGUCCGUGCGCGUCUUCUUCGACUGGAAGGACUACCUCAGGUAG